UCAUAAUACUUAAUUAAUAACAAAAUUAUGGAUUUUGCUUUCCUGACAUGAAAUUAGCGAAUAAAAGAAUAGAAAGGAUGACACCUGCGCUCGAUGAACGUCAAAAACUGUUCUAUGAUAUCGUUCACAGUUAAUUGUUAUGAUGAAAAAAUAAACAUCAUUUCAAUAUAUAUUUGCUUUUGGGUUUUGGGGCGUAAAAAAUAAUUUUGUAACGUUUCUAGUUUUUUAAUGGAUUACACUUAAUCGAAAAUCAUCGUCUCAUAGAAGUUUGCAACUAAUCAUUCUAGUUUACGUCAUCGGCCGUCUUUGUUGUAGUUGGGCAGCGAAGGACUGUGCACCCCUGGUAAACAGUGCUUGCUAAGUGAGGAGCUGCCUCACACAUUUCUGCAGCACUUUCACUCGUUUUGCUAUGCAGCAUCUUAACUUUCUUUGUCUCUGAAAAUUGCAUAGAUGACGCCAACAGGACAACCUGAAUCCAUGACAAUUCCGGCAGGUAAGACUCCAAUCAGUCACCUGCAGGAAUUGUGUACUAAGCGUGGCCUCACUCCACAGUAUGACUUGAUCUCCAACGAAGGGGCCACUCAUGAGCCCACUUAUAUGAUGCAGGUCACCGUUGGUGAAAUUGUAGCAACUGGAAAAGGAUCUAGUAAGAAGAAGGCUAAGCAUGCCGCCGCAUUAGCAGCUUACAACCAAAUUCUUGGCAUCAAGAGUGAACAGCAACCAGAUGGCAGACAAUCACCUGUUUCAGAAGAAGGCAUUCCUGGAAAUCCAAUUGGUGAACUGCAAGAAUUUGCACAAAAAAAUCUCAUCCGACCCCCUAUUUAUGACCUAGAUAGCCCACAGGGUCCACCUCAUGCUCGUGAAUUUUACUGCACUGUUAAGCUUGGCAAAUUCCAAGAAAGAGGUACUGGACGUUCCAAGAAAAGUGCAAAACGAGCUGCUGCCCACUCUAUGCUGUUGCGUAUCCAAAGCCUACAAGCUGAAGGCACCAAUACUCCUGUCAUCGAGGAUUCUGAAGAAGAUGAGAUCCCUCUUAGUUCAGAACCAAGGCUUUCAUUUUAUUCACACCUAAAGGAGCGUGUUAGUCAUUCUUACUCUAAACCUAAACAAAUAGACAAAGAAAUUCAACAAUUUUAUGACAAAGUAGUCAAUUCUAGUGCUAAGAAGAACAAUUCUUGCAUGGAUGUGAAAAUGAACUAUUGCCAGAUGUUACAAGAAAUUGCUGAAGUACAACGUUUCAUGUUGACUUAUCACGACCUUUCAGAGAGAACCACUGAAGGUUUCUUCCAAUGUUUUGUCCAAAUGACAGUCGUCCCUGUUGCUGUGUGCCACGGGACGGGACCAACUGUGGAAGAAGGGCAUGGUAAGGCUGCUCAUAAUGCGCUGCAGUAUUUGAAGGCUGUUAAUAAGACAUAACCAUAUUACCCAGGGAGUUACAUAGCCUCACGCUGUAAAUUGGUAUCAUAGCGGCUCCAUCUAACUUAUGUUUCCUAAUUUAUCUACUCAAUGUUAUGUGUUAUAGGUGAAUGAAUGGACUGCUGGAUAUGGAUGGUUGUAUACUAUGCAUGAGCAUGUUAAGUUUUUACACAAACUUUUUAUCAAUUUACAUCAUGGGCAACUAGUCUGACAGGUUCCAAUUCAAAAUUUGGUGUCUUUCUAUUUUAUUUUGGAACUUCAUUGUCGUAUUUUGCUGCUAUAAGAGUAUUCUUGUGUUCUGGAUAUUACCUGUCCACUGGUAUUGUAUCUUGUCAUGUGUAAGUGUCAUAUUUAAAGCACCUUUAAAAUUGUCUUUUUCUAGCAGCCUUAUUCAUGAUUUAAAAUGAUUGAAUAGACUAUGAAAAAACAUAAAAAGCCCUAUUGUUUUAUUCGUUGUGUUAGAGAGGAUUCUCUAAAGCAGCAAACAAAAUAUUGCUUAAGCUUUUAAAGAAAAUAUUACAGAUUCUACAAACCAAAAAAUGUUAUACUACAACAUUAGUUAUUUGCUUUUUUGCAAUUUAUUCAAAUACAAAGUAACCUACCCACCUACAAAAAUGGAAAGUUUUAGCUUCAUGUUUUUGAAAAAUCGUCUCACUGUCAUUGUCUUUGCUUUUUUUUUCUUUAUUUUUUUUUUCUUUUCUUUUUGUUUAUGAUAUUAUUGGCUUUUAACAACUGUUGUCAUUGUUAGUGUCAUUUCCAAGAUUUCCUUAACUUGCUUCAAGUGUUGCACAUUUUGCCCUCUGCUGUAUUAAUUUUGGAAAAAAAAAAUUAACAUCAUAAAUCUCUGUAUUUUCGAACUUGCUAAGCAGAGAGUAAACAUUUAAUUAAUUAUUAAUGCUAAUGUUUAAAAAAAAUUUCCCCUUGAACCAAAGUAUUGAAUUAAACGUCUUCAAUUAUUUACUGGUUCUCUCAGUACUUAUUUCUUUCUUCAUCAUAUAUAUGGGUUUAAGUUUUUCACAUUACGUUAAUAUUUCAAAUUCUUCACUGAGGGCAUGUAAAGUUCAUGCUAUACAUGGAGUUAUUGUGAUUUUUUGCUAUUGUAAUAUUAAUAUACUUAUAAAUAUGCAUAUCUGUUGCUUUGUACUUCUUUUU